CCUUAGUCAUUUUUUACCGGCCGAAUCGGAAGUAAUUUUUUGGUUCCGGAAUCAUGGAGCCCACGUUCGUUCUUCGAAACCUGGCAGAUAACCUGCAUGCUGUAUUAGUAAAGCUGAGAGAUGGGGAAUCCAGACCAUGUGAGAAUUUUAAUCCACAGGACUUCUGGGAAAAACUGGAACAGACAUUUAAAGCCACAUCUCAGGAAGCUACCAAGAUGAGCCUGGCAUUCUCCAAGGCUCCUCUGCCUUCAGGAGAGGAUAGUCAAAAAUUAAGUGACGGGCUUGUCAAUGCUGUCUUAGCAGCGGCCACUGUAUAUUGCUCUCUCCCGAAAACACAAGGUACAACCUUGCGUAAGGCUGUGCGGGAGUCUGUUGCAGAAAUCAUAGAGGGUAUUAUCCAGCUUGUGGAAGGGAUCUUGCGUUCCCUAUUACAGAGUCAACCCCAGGCACAACUGGUGUCCACAGGCAAUGUGUGGGAAGCAUGUGACCAGUGGCCACAAAUCCCCAAAGAAAAUCGAGCGGCUGUGAUAGUGCUAGUGUCUGGAUAUCUGGCUGUUGUGAAGGAUGCUGUGGAGGAAGUUGAGCAGGCAAUGGCAGAUGGGGAAGAUCCAUUUCAUGAUGUGCUGGAAGAUGAUGUUACAGGAAUUCGUGGUAAUCAGGACACAUACUGGUCAGAGGCAGAUCGACAACUUCUCACCCCAUGUGUGGGUUUAAUGAAGGCCUCCAAAGCUUGUCUGAAAAAGGUGCUAGGUGCUUUGAAGGCACAUGGGAAUGUGGAUUCAGUGGAAAAUGUUGCUCAAUUAGAUGACAUUGCUGAAAUUACACAGGAGAUCAGCCCCAGCGUUGAUGAGUUGGCCCUGAGUAUGUAUCCUCCAAUGAAUCACACAGCUGUAAGAUAUAAUGCUGCAAAGUUAUCCUCAGUACUGAAAAAAGUGCUAGAAAUCAUAAGGACCAGCCAUGUUUGUCCUGACUCAGAGUCCCCAUGGGUGCAAUUUUUAAAUGGAGCCAUUGACCACAACCUGGAUAAAAUAAAGAGCUUAACACAAAAUGCUCAAUGAUAUUUUGUACUUUUAAAUUCUCAUUAGCUUUCUGUCCUUGUUAAUUUAGGAGUCACAGUUAUGAGAACAACUUUGAAAGGUAGAGACAGUUUGUUCAUAAUAAGUGUGAAAGAGCUUUUAGCCUGGGUAUAAAAGUAUACUCUCUAUAAAAUGUAAGUUUUAAGCUCUUUUACUGACCAGUCAUUUAAAUAACAUUUGUUUAAAAACUUUGUUAAUGCUCCACAGCAUUGCAUAUAUAAGCAUUCUAAUUUGUAUCUGAUUUUUCUUUCUCUGUCUUGUUUCUUUUUUGUUUUUUUAAGUCAUGGUAUUUUAUAAAUUGUCUUAAAUGUAUCAAAGUUACCUACUGCUGUCACAAAUGAUGUUAUUGUGCAUGAACAUAGGAUUACAUGAAAAGAAUGAAUGGAAAGUUUCUGCUCAGCAAGAAAGCAAACCUACUACAAUGAACGUUAAUUUAAUAUUAUUUUGCAUAGGUCUGCAUGUAGGGGACCAGGUUUAUUAUAUUAGUGUGAAAAUAUUUAUACAUAAAUAUAUUUUUUUAAAGCUGUAAUAGAGGUGUUUCAGUUUAAAAUUUGCAUUUUGCAUGGAAGUUGAAAAGCUGUUUUCUCUAAAGUAUAUUAAAGUUUUGUUUGUUCAGUAAA